AUACGUAGAGUGAAGUGGGUGUAGACCGGUCGAGCACGUUCACAGGGGCGGACAUGGAGAAACACAGUACUUACCCCCUGCUCGUUGUUUUGAUUCUGACAAGGAUGGGAGUGAUAGUGGCGGACGAACUGCAGAAUACCGUCCUCAGACGAAAAAAUCCCGGCUUCAAUUACGAAUUCGACAUUCGAAAUGAUGUUAUUAGAAAACGCCAUCUGCUCCAGACAGAGAUAGUCUCUUCGACGACAAUUGCAUCUCCCCAGGACAAAGACCUCUUGACGAAAAUCAAUGAAUUUUAUGCGGAUAAGAACAAUAUGGCGAUGUUCUGUGUUCUGCCUGUUAUGAUAAUAAUAUACGGCGGUUGCAGCGCCAUAUAUUGUGCUGCCAAGUGCAGACGAUACAUCCGUAAGAGACAUGUACGCUUAUCUGGCCACGACGAUAAAGCACGCCUCACCAAUAAGGAUCAAAACGAUGUGUCCAACAGCGAGUUUAUCAGUAUUCCUCCUCGUGGAACAGAUUCUCCAAGGACAUUCAUUUCUCCUGGUGCUCCUAUGGGACCUCGUCCUCUACCCUGGUAUACUCCUACAGACCCAAUGGUUCCAUCACCUGUACCACCAAGGUUGUCAAGGGGUCAAAUUUCCCGUCAAAGUAACCAUAGCGACGAAAAACAAAGGGAUUACAAAGAUAUUCUGCACAUCAAACAGCCGAUGUAUGGGACUAAUGGGCACGAACAUGAGCCACAAGCACAUAUCUGUCAUAUGUAUAGAAUGACCUCCCCUGAACACGCCGCCGAUAUUAGCGGACGGGACAGUGUCAUGUCAUACAAGGAUGAACUCCUAGCCAGGUUUGAUGCUUUGUCUACAUUUACCAUGGCUAAGAAAGCUGCAAAUAUACUUAGAACAGGAAGCAACAGUACAAAGAAAGAGCCUGAUCUCUUCAAUGGUAGACCAAAACAGAAGAUGAUAUUCAUUGCUGAAUAAAAUCUCUUCUGCAAUUAUGGUUUAUUACCAUGGAUCUGGUAACAUAACUUCAACUAUCAUACAAACUUCAGUUUAGAAAUGCGAUUUAUAACAUUUUAUCUAUGCUGGAUGCAAAUAGGGACGAGUAAAGGAGGGUAGGUGCGACCGUUUGCGUUACGUGGGGUCUGGAGAAACGGUUGCUUGUGGCAGUGUAGCAAUAUUAUGAUUCUAUACAAAGCCUCUUACAAAACGUGCCACGCGUGGGCGGGUAUUAUCCUUCUGCAACGAGAUGUGACGUCCCUGCAUUUGCACACAGAGCUGUCCGAAUGAUACCUGGACAAAAUCUGUGAACUUCUGUCUUGUCUUCUAAAACUCAUAUGCUGUCUACUCCGAGCUAGGCGUGCCUGACGGUGACGUCUAAGCAGAAUUGAGCGUAUUGGUGGACAUGGAGCUGGAUGUUGUGGUUCCUCAAGCGGUUGUGUACGGUUCUACCACUCAUUGGUCUCAACCAAGAAUUGUCCGAGCUGUAAAUGUGGUUGUUUGGUAUCGAUUCUGUAGAUGCCCAAUCCGAAUAUGGUUGUCUUGUUGACGUGACGACACACGUGGACGACCGGCCAGUCGCAAGUUAUAAGUGUUGCCCUGCUGUUGUGCCAUUCCUGUUUGCAGCAUACACACGGCGCGUAGACAUUGAUUUUCAGCAAGCCGUGUCAUUGCGUAAGCGUUAUUUACGGUUAAACAAAAGUGUAUUUACGAGCUCCUGAUACCUAAGCAAUCAUUAUCUGCUGUUCACUUUCAAAAAACACAUUUGUUAGUAUCAUGCUGCCAAUAAACACCUGACAUCCAAAUUGUGAGCCGUGCCUGAACAUGCACGUACAAAUUGUGAGCCGUGCCUGAACAUGCACGUACAAAUUGUGAGCCGUGCCUGAACAUGCACGUACAAAUUGUGAGCCGUGCCUGAACAUUGCACGUACACAUUGUCAGCCGUGCGUGAACAUGCACGUACAAAUUGUGAACAAUGACCUUUUAGUCGAGAUGUCUUAAUAAAUAUGUACUGAUUAAAAUAUGAUAAAUUUAAUUUUAUUGAACUUUAUAUGAAGCACGGUUACUUUUUCCCCGUUAGUAUAUACUUUUUUGUACUCCUACCCAUCUCUACAUUUGGUCGUUUGUGCUGUUAAGUAUUUAUUAACAUGAGAGAUGUGACAUUAUGAAUAUGUAAUGUUGUACUACCACCUAUUAUACUUCUCAAAGUUCUGAAUAUGGCGGAGUCUAUCACGGAACCAAACGAGUGACAGAUAAAGUUAAUGUUAAUAUUGUUGUGGAUAUGGUAUUUGAGAUAACAGAGUCUAUCGCGUUAAUUGUAAUGGUGGAGAUCACAGAUAACUUGUAUUUCAUACGAGGGGUGUUCAUUAAAGAUUUCUUCUGACCUACUUCCGAUGGACCUUGUGGAAUGAAACUUGGCAUAGGUAUUAGUCUUUCUCCACAUAGGAACCACCAAGAGUUACACACUUCUCCCAUCGUUUUAUGCAACUACGGAGACCUCGCUUGUAAAAGCCCUCAUUUUGCGUC